AUGAAGUCCACAAGCAAUGCUCUGUUGGACUUGGAGGGGGGAAGCAAAAGCUCUUUCUCAUCCUUCGAAUCAAAACUUUUGAUCUGCAACGGAGGGAGUGAUCUGCAGUCACAAAUUUCCAAACUUAAUCCGACUAUCAAGAAGCCUGAGAUCUCUUCAACUUCCCAGAGCCAAGUUCUAGACAAGGUCAAGAAUUUCCUGGGAGUGUUAUCAGAAGCAAACAAAAAACUGGAGGUUGAUGAAAAGGAAAAUCCUAAAAAGUAUGAUAUAGAAGAACUCACCCGGGAGGAUUCUGAAUACAUAGAAAUGAAUUUAAUAUUAGGUGUUGCAGAGCUUUAUUCCUCUGAGGCUGUUGCUACUGCUGAGUCUGCAAUAGCUCAUCAGCAACCAGUGAUUCCAUUAGUUUCAAGCAGUAGCGCAACCACCAAUGUUGAUGACAGUAGCGACGAAGAUGAUGGUUGA